AUGGCGUCCCCGGGCUUCUGGUCCCUGGGUGCGGGGGACAAUUCGGGCAACCGGAGCCCUAACACGCCCCGAGCUUGGUGCCAAGCAGCGGCCCAGAAACUCUCCGGAGGGCUCGGAUCUAAAUUAUGUGCGCUCCUGAACGUCAAUGAAGGGGACAAAGGGGGCGUCGAGCCCCCCGCCGCCAAGCAGGAGCAUCCGCCUGACGCGGCGGAGGGCACUUGCGGAUGCAACAAAAGCUGCGACUGCACCAAAGCCAACGUGCAAGGCUUCUCCGACCUCUAUUCAACAGAUCUCCUCCCGGCUUCAGACGGCGACGCCAAAACGCUGAGUUUUCUCCAGGAGGUGGUGGACAUCCUGCUGGCGUAUAUCGUGGAGUCGUUCGACCGUCAAACCAAAGUCAUCGACUUCCACUAUCCGAGCGAGCUGCUGCACUUGAACAAUUGGGAGCUGCAGCACGAGCCCAGCACGCUGGACGACAUCUUGAUCAGCUGCAGGGCCACCCUCAAGUAUGCCAUCAAGACAGCGCACCCCAGGUACUUCAACCAGCUCUCCACCGGAUUGGACAUGGUGGGCCUGGCUGCAGAUUGGCUGACGUCCACCGCCAACACUAACAUGUUCACGUACGAGGUGGCCCCGGUGUUCGUGCUGCUGGAGUACGUGACACUGAAGAAGAUGCGCGAGAUCAUCGGCUGGCACGAAGGCCGCGGAGAUGGCAUCUUCUCACCUGGAGGCGCUAUUUCCAACAUGUACGCCAUGCUGUUAGCCCGCUUCAAGAUGUUCCCUGAAGUCAAGGAGAAAGGAAUGUCAUCCGUUCCCAGACUGGUGGCCUUCACUUCUGAACAUAGUCACUUCUCCAUUAAGAAAGGAGCAGCAGCUCUGGGCAUCGGCACCGAGAGUGUCAUCUGCAUCAAAGUCGACCAAAGUGGCAAAUUGAUCCCCGCCGACCUCGAGCGGAGAAUACUGGAAGCCAAACAGAAGGGUUUCGUGCCGUUCUUCGUAAGCGCCACGGCGGGCACCACCGUCUACGGCGCCUUCGACCCGCUCAUCGCCAUCUCCGACAUUUGCAAGAAGUACAACGUGUGGAUGCACGUGGACGGUGCGUGGGGAGGAAGUCUGCUCAUGUCCAGGAGACACAGGUGGAAGUUAGAUGGCGUUGAAAGGGCCAAUUCGGUGACUUGGAACCCGCACAAAAUGAUGUCCGUGCCGCUUCAGUGUUCUGCUCUGCUGGUGCGCGAGGAGGGCCUGAUGCAGAACUGCAACCAGAUGCACGCCUGCUACCUGUUCCAGCAGGACAAACACUACGAUCUGUCGUACGACACGGGCGACAAGGCCCUGCAGUGCGGGCGCCACGUGGACAUUUUCAAGCUGUGGCUGAUGUGGAGAGCCAAGGGUACCAUCGGUUUUGAAGCGCAGAUCGACAAGUGUCUGGAGCUGUCAGAGUAUCUCUACAACAAGAUCAAGGACAGGGAAGGAUACCAGAUGGUCUUUGAUGGAAAACCGCAACACACCAAUGUCUGCUUCUGGUACCUCCCUCCCGGCAUGCGCUACAUGGACGACAAAGACGAGAAGAAGAAACGCUUGCACAAGGUGGCGCCGGUGAUCAAAGCGCGCAUGAUGGAGUACGGGACCACCAUGGUAAGCUACCAGCCGCAGGGGGAUAAAGUCAACUUCUUCCGCAUGGUGAUCUCCAACCCGGCCGCCACCUUCGAGGACAUCGACUUCCUCAUCGAAGAGAUCGAGCGUCUGGGCCAGGAUCUCUAA